AUGUCCGACGAGCAGCCAACUGUAGCCGGAAGGCGUCGGACCCGUGGCGCUGCUGCGGAGGCACGUGCAGAGGCGCUUGAGCGGCUGAAGGCUCUCCGGAGCGGUGGUCGCCGGGACCUUGACUUCCAGGUUAAGGUGGACCAACCGAUCUACGAUACAGUGGACGAGGAUGAGUACGAAGCCCUAGUUGCGAAGCGCCGGGAAGAAGUCAAGGGUUUCAUAAUCGAUGAUAACGGUCUAGGGUACGGCGACGAGGGCCAGGAAGAGGAUUGGUCUCUCGCCGGUGUCCCCUUAUCAUCUGAAGAAUCGGAGGGAGAAUCCGAGAGGCCGAAAAGAAAGAAAAAUAGUAAUAAUCUGGAGAAAAAGGAGAGAGAAAUUACUAAAAAGCCCUCGGCCCUGCAAUCGGCAGCUGCACUAAUGGGUAGGCAGAGGAUUUCUAAUAUGUUCACAUCAUCAGUGUUUAAGAAAAAUAGGGAGGAUAAUAAAGCCACUACUUUGUCGUGCGAUAGUAUUGUUGAUGAAGUGAUUGCUGAGUUUGCGCCCGAUGAGAAUGAUAGGGAGAAGCGUAGGAGAGGGAAUCUGAAUAAUUUGAGGAAUUUUGUACCAGGUAAUUUGAAUGAUGCAUCGGUUAAGCUUGAGAAGACUGUUAUGGACGGUGUUAAUUUGAGCGUUUCAGAUGAAAUUCAGGAGAUCAAUUUUGGCGGCAGCCAGUCGUUGUUCCAUUUGAAACAGGGUGAAAGUAUGAUGGGUAAGGAGAAGGUUAUGCCUAAGGAAACUGAAGAAGGCAGGACUUUAUGUAAUGAAUCAAAAGAGGAAGGGAAGGAAAAUAAUGAAUCUUCGGAUAAUAAAAACCGGAAUGAAGAUAGUUUGUUGAACAGGGUUGAAGUAAAGGAGUCAGCUGUGGAGGAGGAGAAAAAGGUGUUCAGUCUCAAUGCAAAAAUUGAGGAGUCGAAGGAUCUGGAUUUGAGUGCUACUUUGGGAUGGCAGGCCGUAAGGAGUGCUGGAGAAUUUGUGGUUGCUGAUGAAAAUGGACCAAACCAGAGCUCUAGCAACGAGGAAAAGACUGACUUUGAAGUGGAUUCCAAAGGGUCAUUGCCUUUCUACAUACUCGAUGCACAUGAGGAAAUUUAUGGUGCUAAUGCAGGGAACAUCUAUCUCUUUGGAAAAGUCAAAGCUGGAGGUACAUAUCAGAGCUGCUGUGUGGUUGUAAAGAACAUGCAAAGAUGUGUUUAUGCAUUCCCAACAGUUCCUUUUCUGCACAAUGAUACAAUUGCUAAGCUAGAAAGGGACGUUGAAGAGUCUCAAAUGUCACUCAAAGCAUUUAAAGAAACCAUGAAACGAGAGAAAGAUGGUGAAAAAUCCCGAAUGUCAUCCACAGAUUAUAAAGACAAAAUUGCAAAGCUAGAGAGAGAUGUGGAAGAGUCUCAGACCACUCUGUGCACUCAGCUGCAUGAGAUGGCGUUAGCUGUGAAAUCUGAAAUGGCAAAGCAGUUAGUGGAUCGCAAUGUUUCAAGUUUUAGCAUGGCACCUGUCAAGAGAAAUUAUGCUUUUGAACGAACAGACAUACCUCACGGGAAGAAUUAUGUCCUCAAGAUCAAUUAUCCAUUUAAGGAUCCAGUGCUGCCAUCAGAUCUCAAGGGAGAUCACUUCUAUACUUUGCUUGGAACUCAUAGCAGUGCCUUGGAGCUCUUUCUUGUUAAAAGGAAAGUAAAAGGACCUUCAUGGCUGUCAAUUUCGAAGUUUUCCAGCUGUCCAGCUCCUCAACGUGUGAGCUGGUGUAAGUUUGAGAUCACUGUUGAUUGUCCAAAAGACAUUAAAGAUCCAACUUCCUCAACAUAUACUUCAGAGAUUCCUCCAGUGGUUGUUACAGCAAUAAAUUUGAAAACCAUCAUCAAUGAUAAACAGAAUGUUAAUGAAAUUGUUUCUGCAUCUGUCAUUUGCUGUCACAAGGCUAAGAUUGAUACUCCCAUGUUGAGCUCAGAGUGGACUCGCCCUGGAAUGCUUAGUCAUUUUACUGUUGUGCGCAAAUUUGAGGGAGGCAUAUUUCCUAUGGGAUUUACCAAAGAGGCAGCUGAGAGAAAUGAAAAAGCUAGAUCAAAUGUCAUUAGCUUUGAAAGCAGUGAAAGAGCUUUGUUAAAUCGUUUGAUGAUCGAGUUGCACAAAUUGGAUAGCGAUGUUCUAGUUGGGCACAAUAUAUCUGGGUUUGACCUGGACAUCCUCCUCCACAGAGUUCAGGCUUGCAGAGUGCCCAGCACUAUGUGGUCAAAAUUAGGACGUCUCAAGCGCUCUGUUAUGCCCAAACUUAAUAAAGGAAGUUCCAUGUUUGGCUCAGGAGCAAGCCAAGGGAUCAUAUCUUGCAUUGCAGGCCGUCUCUUAUGUGAUACUUACAUAUGUUCACGUGACCUAUUAAAAGAGGUUAGCUAUUCCUUGACACAAUUGGCAAAAACACAGCUAAAUAAAGAUCGUAAGGAGAUCACUCCACACGAUAUUCCUCAUAUGUUCCAAAAUUCUGAAUCACUUAUGGAACUUAUUGAGUAUGGUGAAACAGAUGCGUGGUUGUCUAUGGAACUUAUGUUCCACUUGAGUGUUCUUCCACUCACACGUCAACUGACUAGUAUUAGUGGAAAUCUUUGGGGGAAAACUCUCCAGGGUGCAAGGGCUCAAAGAGUAGAAUAUCUGCUAUUGCAUGCUUUUCAUUCAAAGAAAUUUAUUGUCCCAGACAAGUUUUCCUCUCAAUCCAAGGAAAUGAAGACAACAAAACGUACACUGUCUAAUGGUGUUGAGGGAAGAGAGAUUGAUGAUGUGGAUGCUGAUGACACAAAUUUUAAUAACAAGCCUUUAGAGAUUGAUCAUGGGAAAACCAAAAGGGGACCUUCCUAUGCAGGUGGAUUAGUUCUAGAACCAAAAAAAGGUUUAUAUGACAAGUAUAUAUUGCUUUUGGAUUUCAACAGUCUUUAUCCUUCCAUUAUUCAGGAGUACAAUAUAUGUUUCACCACGGUUGAAAGAUUUGCGGAUGGAUCAGUUCCCCAUUUACCAUGUGCUAAAACCACUGGAGUUCUACCAGAGUUACUAAAGAAUUUGGUGGAGAGGAGGAGAAUGGUGAAAUCAUGGUUAAAAACAGCAUCUGGUCUCAAGGUUCAACAACUUGACAUACAUCAGCAAGCUCUGAAGCUUACAGCAAACAGUAUUUAUGGAUGUCUGGGAUUCUCCAACUCCAGAUUCUUUGCAAAGCCAUUAGCAGAAAUCGUUACACAACAAGGAAGGGAGAUUCUACAAAGUACCGUUGAUCUUGUUCAGAAUACUUUGAACUUAGAGGUUAUUUAUGGAGACACGGAUUCAAUAAUGAUUUAUAGUGGACUAGAUGACAUAGGAAAAGCGAAAUCAAUUGCAGGAAAGGUCAUUCAAGAGGUCAACAAGAAAUAUAGGUGUCUUGAAAUUGACCUUGACGGCUUGUACAAGAGAAUGCUGCUACUCAAGAAGAAGAAAUAUGCAGCAGUAAAAGUGCAGUUCAAGGAUGGCAAACCAUAUGAGACCAUUGAGCGGAAAGGUCUUGAUAUGGUUCGGCGUGAUUGGAGCUUGCUAUCAAAGGAAUUGGGAGAUUUCUGCCUCAGUCAAAUAUUGUCUGGCGGGUCUUGUGAUGAUGUUGUUGAAUCAAUACAUAACUCUCUCACGAAGGUACAAGAGGAAAUGAGGAAUGGACAAAUCCCACUAGAAAAAUAUGUGAUCACAAAGUCACUAACAAAAUCACCUGAAGCUUAUCCAGAUGCUAGAAAUCAACCUCAUGUUGAAGUAGCACUCAGAUUGAAGAAAAAUGGAUACAUCACCGGUUGUUCUGCUGGAGAUACAGUACCUUAUAUCAUUUGUUGUGAGCAGGGGAAUGGUUCUAGUGCCUCUCUAGGAAUUGCCCAGCGGGCUAGACAUCCUGAUGAACUGAAAAAAGACAAUGGAAAUUGGAUAAUUGAUAUUGAUUACUACCUGGCACAACAGAUUCAUCCUGUGGUAUCACGUCUAUGUGCAUCAAUUCAGGGAACAAGUCCAGCACGCUUGGCUGAUUGUUUAGGUCUUGACUCAUCAAAGUUCCAGAAUAAAUCAAGUGAAUCUCUCAGCAAUGAUCAUUCAAGCUUGCUUCUGUGUGCGUUAAAUGACGAGGAGAGAUAUCGUGGUUGUGAACCUUUAAUUUUGUCAUGCCCCAGCUGCUCGAGUACCUUUAAUUGCCCACCUAUUUUUAGCUCUAUAUGUGCUUUAAUUGCUCAAAAGCCGGCAGACGCACAAGCCGGAUCUGCUAGUAAUUUUUGGUUAAAAUUGCGCUGUCCAAAAUGCCCAGAGGAAGGUGAUGGAGGAAGAAUGUCUCCUCCUCUGAUAGCUAACCAGGUAAAACGGCAAGUUGAACGGUUCGUGUCAACAUAUUACCAGGGCCUAAUGAUGUGCGAUGACGAGACUUGCAAUUAUUCUACUCGUAGUCUGAAUCUGCGAGUACUUGGGGACUCAGACAGAGGAACUGUUUGUCCAAACUAUCCCCGCUGUAACGGACAUCUUUUAAGGAAGUACACGGAAUCCGACUUGUACAGACAACUAACUUAUUUCUGCAACAUUCUUGAUACCGUACGCUGUAUUGACAAGAUUGAGAGUACUAAUAGAUUAACAGUUGAGAAAGAGCUCGCUAAGGUGCGUCCUGUGGCUGAAUUGGCAGCAUCCACAGUGCAGAAAAUCCGCGAUAGAUGCGCCUACGGGUGGGUGCAGCUGAAAGAUUUAACUGUUACCAUUUAA